GAGGCGUGGUAGAGGCGUCAACCGUCCGCCCCGAACCCUCACUCGCGUCAAAUCCCUUCCAGGCUCCAGCCGGACACCUCCAGCCGGCCGCCCCUUUCUCGGCAAGCUCCGCUGCGCCGACGAGUCACCAAGAUACAUCUAUUCCUCCGACAAGUAUUUCCGGACGGAGGGAGUACUUAUUUGCUGGCAGAUGGAUGGAGAUGAAAGUUUUGAGGAGAUGCAAGUGUUGGAUAUGCUCAUGAAUUCGCCGUUGUCUUCAUCUGGCGACGACAAACUCAUUCUUGCAGCAUCCUCGGAGCAUGAGGAGGAAGAGAAGGUGAAUAAUGGACGCCAUGGCGAUUCCAAGAUGGGGUGUCAGACAGUGGAUUGCGGAAGAGGUGCUGGAUUUAUUCUACUGUGGGAUGACUACUUCAAGCAAAAGCCUAUCUUUCUUGAAAAAUAUUUUCGCCAAAGGUUUGGAAUGUCCCGGAGUAUAUUUUAUCACAUAGGUGAAGCUAUAGUUGAGCAUGAUCAUGAUGGUUAUUUUAAGCAAAAAGGAAAUGCUGGUGGUGCUCCUGAUUCGCAGCCUACUGAUGGAUAUGCAGCUGAUGGUGCGGAUGAGUACGUUCGGUCUGCAAAAGCUACUGAUGUAAAAACUUGCAAAAAGUUUGUGAUAGCUAUUUGUCAAAUCUUUGGGGAUGAGUCCUUGAGAUCUCCAAAUGAAGAAGAUACUGCAAGAUUACUUGCAAUCUGGCAACCUGUCCGACGGCUGUCAAAAGCAAAACCAACGACUUUGCAGUACCCUCCAUUUUUUGGGGAUUUCUUGUGCGUCAGAGUCCCCAUCUCUGUCACAGGAAGGAGCACGGGAGGGACUCAUGAAUACUCUAUUGGUUUUGUCCAUUCCUCCGUUGGUGAUGAGCUACCCCAGGAUGCCAUCUGCUCUUAUGCAAGGUCCAGUUGGUCGGACCUUCCGACGGAUCUCCUCCUCAGAACCCUCCAACGCCUCCAGCUCCAGGAAUCCCUUGCUUUUGCGUUAGUAUGCACAUCAUGGAGCUGGGCUGCAGCUGCUGCUGGCGUCCCAUGUUCUUGCAGACCGUGGCUCAUGUCUUGGACCCACCUCGUUGAGGAGAGUCAACCCAAGAUCAACUGGAGCUCAACUGUGACCUGCAAGUUCCGCCAUCUGGUGGACGUCAACAAGUCUUAUGAUGUUGAUUUUCCCAAGGGUUGUUUUGUUGCAUGUGCUGGAGCUUCUCAUGGAUGGCUGGUUCUGGUAAAUGAACUCUCCAAUCUCCUUCUCUUCAACCCCUUUACCUCGGACAUGGUCUCUUUACCACCAAUUACCGAUUUCUCAUUUGUGGAGGCAAUAUAUGAUAAUCAAGGAAACAUAGAAGGUUAUCGUUUUUUUAACGAUGGAUUCUAUGAUGCAAAAUAUCUGGCAACAUGGUUCUUCCAGAAGGCAGUUUUGUCCUGUACCCCAUCCAAAGGUGGUAACUACAUUGUCAUGAUCAUUCAUUAUGAUAGCAAUUGGCUCUCUUUUGUGAGGGCAGGAGAGGGCAAGUGGCAAGUGGUCUCAACUUUAGCUAGAAGGGUACAAAAUCGGUAUGCAGACUGUGCAUACCACAAUGGGAGUUUUUAUACUGUGACAUACCAUGGAAUAGUAGAGAAAUAUCAUCUUGAUGGACCGAAUGGACCAACAAAGGAGGCGAUUAUUGCACAUAGAACCUAUUCAAGUGUUCUUACUAGGCACUUGGUGUCUACACCAUGGGGUGAUCUCUUGCAAGUCCGGGCCAUUUCUGCAAAUUGUGUGGAUCGUGUGAGAUUUCAAAUUGCCAAGGUUCAUCCUGAAGGAUGCAAGAAGGUAUCACCAGACGACUUGGUAGAGCAUGCAAUAUUCGUUGGAUUGAAUCACUCGGCAUGUUUACCCUCGAAGACUUUCCCUGGUUUAAGACCUCAAUGUAUCUAUUUCUCUUCUCCUUGGAUGACAGCGACAUUUGAUUUGGUUGCCCGUUGUCGUGGAUGGGGAGGUGUAAGGUCAUAUGACAUAGAAAGAAGGGUCUUUGAGCAUGCUUUUCCCUUCGGAGGGAUGCCUAAAAGUUGGAGAAUGCAUGUCCCUUCAGAGAUAUGGAUCACACCAAAUAUAUAA